AUGAAUUCUAAAGUAUUUCUCAGGAUCAAGGAUCCAGAGCUAAGCAGAAAAUUCUCUCUUUCAAGGAAUAAAGAAAUUCUCAAAUCAUGCAUGAUCCUACUUGCGCUAAGAAUGGUGAAUCUAUCCAUUUUAGUGUCAAACGUAGUAAUUUCAAAAUAGGAAACAAAUAUCUUCUUUUGGUUUUUGAGAAUAUUUGGAAUAUGCUGGUAGAUUGUUGUUAUGGCACUUGGGUACUGUUUCCCAAUAGCAUUUAAUCAAAUCUAUUCUUUGUUGAUAGUGCCUUCAUUUUUAGUUAACAUAGUUCCUUCGAUUCAUAUACCUGCUAAUUCAUAGCUACUAGUUGCAAACAUCAUAACUUACUCAUUCUUUCAGUCUAUUGGUAUACUCCUAAAUAAUAAUUGGAUGCUCACCACUCUUGGAAUGAUAAUUAAUUAUUCUAUCAUUUCUGGAUUUUACAUUCAUUAUUUUGGUCAAGUUGAUUUCUCAAUUCAUUGGUUACUUUUUGCCACUUUCUUAGUCAGCGCUCUAACUUGUUAUCAUUUUGAGAAGAGAUUGAAGUAAUAAUUUAUUUAACUUUACUAGAUUCGUGUUAUGAAUGAUGAACUCAAAUAAAUCUUUGAUAAAAUCCCGGAGGGUAUACUUCUAUUCAAUGAAACUAAUAAAAAAAUAGCUCUUACAAAUCUAGAAUUCACAAAGCUUUUUUAAUGCUAAGAAGAAAAAGAUUAUGGUGAGUUAGAAAAACUCAUAUCUGAUGUAAAAUUGAGGAGGUACCAUCUUUAAUAAUCUGAUAAUCAAAAUUAAUUUGGAUCAAGGUCCAUGAAACCAUAUUUGAACUUAUUUGAAGCUUCUAAUGGAGACUAUUAAGAUGAAUGUUUCGAGAUAUUGACAAAAUCUUAAGUUCUGAUGGUUGAGUCUAAUAAUAUUCAGAAUGAUCAUAGUAAUUUUGAAAUUGUUAGUAUCUCAUAGUGCUAAAUUCACUUUUAAGGAUUUGAACACUCAAUGAUACUGAUUAAAAACCUAACACCUGUGGUGAAAUAUGAAAAACUGAAAGUAGAAAAUCACUAUUAUGAGAUGCUAACUGCCACUGUAUCACAUGACAUGCGCACACCAUUGAAUGCAAUCAUUGGUCUCCUAGGUAAUCUUGAAUCAUUUGUAGUUCAUCAAGGAAAAAGAUUCCUACCAAUAAUUCAAAAUUCUUCAAAAUUCAUGUUAUUCCUAGUAAAUGAUCUCCUUGAUUUUUUCCAAAUCAAAAAUGGUUAAUUCAGGCGUAAUGAAAAUACAGUGAAUUUGAGAAAAUCCAUAAGAGAUUUAAUUGAUAUGUUUAAGGUUGGAGCCUAAGAAAAAGGAAUCUAACUUCUUUAUUUCUGUUAAGAUGAUUUCCCUAGUCAAUUAAAAGUUGAUGAUUCAAGAAUAUAGUAAGUACUACUGAAUUUACUUCAAAACGCACUCAAAUUCACUUUCGAAGGCACCAUCUCUGUACUAAUGAAAUUUAGUCAGUCAAACAAUGAAAUAAGUAUAAGUGUAAGUGACUCAGGUAUUGGAAUAAAAAGUGAUGAGCGAGAAAAGCUAUUUUAGAUGUUUGGAAAAUUAAAAACUUCUUCGGCAAUUAAUACUUCAGGCAUUGGUAUAGGACUAAUCAUAUGUAAAAAAAUAGUAGAAGCAUUCGAUGGCCAUAUUAUUUUAGAGGAACAGGAUCCAACAAAGCAAGGCACAACUUUCACAUUUAGUAUAAAAAUUCGAGAUGAUCAAUCAGAUUCUAUUUAAGAAAUAAAUAGGAUGCAAGGUCAUCAGAAUUAAGAUCUAGAGACUUUCAGAUCGAAUCAUAACCUACUAAAUAACGAGGCAAGAUUAGAGUUGUAAGAUUAAGAUGUAAGCAGAUAGAAUUCAGCAGGAAAUAUAUUCACAUUAGAAGGUAGCGUUGACUCACCAACUAAUUUUAAUGAUAUCUAGAUAUUUUCAACUGAUCUCAAAACAAAAACUGACUUAAAUGCACUAAGUAGAAGAAGGGAGCAAUGUCCGUAGUGUAGGGACUAGGUUGAAAUUCUCAUUGUUGAUGACCAUAUUUUCAACAUAGUAACAUUAUAAACUAUCCUUGAAAUACAAUUUAAUCUCAAAGUACACAAGGCGAUGAAUGGUCUAGAGGCUGUAUAAAAGGUGAGAGAAAGGAUUAAUGAUACCAAUGGAUUUGAUAAAUGCAGGGAGCAUUAUUCAAGAAAUUAUAAAUUGAUACUUAUGGAUGGAAAUAUGCCUAUAAUGGAUGGACUUCAAGCUACUUAGGAAAUUCGUCUAUUGGAGUAAAUGAUAUAAAUUGAGUAGGAAUCACAAGGUCCGUAUAGGCCAAAUAAAAGUUAAAGAAGUACUAUAGUUUGUGUCACAGCUUACGAUACAGAAAGCUUUAAGUAAAGAUGUUUUGCUAGUGGAAUGGACUACUUUUAGAUUAAGCCAAUAACACCUUAAAUUUUAGAACCAUAUAUAAACAGAUAUCUCAAAUGA